AUGUCAAAAGGAGUUUGUGGAACGAUCAAGCGUAUAGAGUUGGAAAAUUUCAUGUGUCAUCGCCAUCUUCUUCUUGACUUGUCACCACAAGUGAAUUUCAUUGUUGGAGAAAACGGUUCCGGUAAAUCGGCGAUAUUAGUUGCUCUCGCAAUUUGUUUUGGUGCGAAGGCGCAGUUCACGUCUCGUGGGAAGCGAGCUGCGGAUGUUAUUAAAACGGGUGAGACGUACUGUAAGGUGAUUGUUCACCUCAACAACAUAGGUGAUGGGAGUUUAGACCGUGAGAAGUACGGCGACACCAUUUCUUUUGAACGGAAGAUAACAAAGGAAGGGAGUGGGUCAUAUAAAGUGGUAGGUUUAAUAGAUGGCGAGAAGCCUCGUCUAGUUGGGAACAAAGCGAGUGAUGUCAAUGAAGUAUUGGAUCAUUUCAACAUUCCAUUUGAUAACCCCUGUAUUUUACUCAUGCAAGAAACAUCAAAAACAUUUUUGACUGCGACGAAAGCAACAGACAAAUACAAAUUCUUCUUACAAGCAACACAACUUGAAAGCGUCAUCGACAAUUAUAAAUUGGCGGAGGAAUUGUGCGCGAAAGCACAGAAACAAAUCGAUACAAAAAAAGAGGGAAUACCCGCGAUGGAAAUGCAAGUCGAUGCGUUAAAAAUGAAGUUGGAAGCUGCAAAGAGUAUUAAAGAGUUGAAGAAUAUUGUCAAAAAUUUGGAGGCGGAGGCCGCGUGGGCAAAUGUUCGAGACCAAUGUCUUGCUGUAAAAAGUACAGAACAACACUGUGUCAUACUCAAGACAAAGAUCAACGAAUUCAGUCAAGAUGUCAUAGAAAAUAAAAUACAACAGGCUUUACAACAAAUACAAAAUUACAAUAAACAAGUUGGAACUGUUGUUAACGAACUCAAACAACUUGAGGAAGUGAAAAAUGAUGCAAGUACAAGUGUUGUGGAAGCAAGAAAGAAAUUGCAAAACUUACUUUUAGAAAUUGAAGAUAAGAAAAACAGUCUUGAAACGACAAAGAAGAGGGUACAACUGUUGAAAGAUGGUUUGGAAGAAGCAAAGUCGCACGACGAGAAAGAUAUGGAAAACGCAAUUCAAGACAAAAACAAUAAGAUCCGACUUGCUGAAAUAGAAAUUGAGAAGUGUAAGAAGAGCGAGGAGAGCACAAGAGAGGAACUUAAACCCCUUGAAGUCGAGAUGCAAGAGAAAGCAAGAAGGUAUGGCGGCGUCGACGACGAUUACAAGAAAUUGAAAAACAGAAUUGUCGACGAAGAAAAGAAUCUGCAAAACUUGAAGAACCAAAAACGGGAUGUGAUGGCUAUUUAUCAUCAAAACAUGCCACUUUUGUUAAAGGAAAUCGCGCAAACAACUUUUGAGUACGAGGUGGUUGGGCCGAUUGGUGAGCAGAUUACGUUAAAAGACACCAAAUGGAACCAUGCAGUUGAGAAUUGUGUGAAGAGAGCAACGUUGGCGUCAUUUAUUGUGAGGUCUGAAAAUGACAAAAGGAAAUUGAGAGAGUUGGGGCAAAAGACGCGGUUUGAUGUGCAAGUUUUUGUGUACAACAUCAAGUACGGCAAUAACAGAUACCAAACAAACAAACAAAAGUACCAAAGUUUACUUGACGUUAUCGAUAUAAGGUCAACCGUUGCGUUCAACGUGUUGGUUGAUCACAUCAAAAUAGAUGCUGUUGCUGUUGCCAUCAAUCGAGGGGAAGGCAAAGGCAUGAUGAACCUUGGCGCAAAACAGAUUUAUUUACAGAAUGGAAGUUUAAUGCAGAGAAGUGGGCAGACUGAGGGUUUUUUCCCUUAUAGAAUUCCACAACAAUCGCUGUACGCAAGAAAGGAUGUGAAUCUGGCUAUCACAGAGUCGGAGGACUUGUUAAAACAUAUGAGAGCAGACCUCGCGGGAAAUGAAGCGAUUCGAAAUGACAUUGACAAAGAGCGCUCUGCAUGCAACAAACAAAUCGCCAAAGUAAGAACCCGCUUGAGACUUUGUGAAAAAGACACGCGGUCUGCUUUGUCAAAAAAGAAAGAGGCGGAAAACAUUACAAUCAAAGAAAUGGCGGAUGUUGAAGAGUUGGAGGAGAACUACAACACGUUUUUGGAGAAAGCAAAGAAACUCUCUGAUGAAAUAAACGAGAAAAUUGCGCGAAAAAAGGAACUCAAAGAUGACGUGGAAAAUAAACGCAUGGAAUUGGAAAAGUCGAAGGUCGACAUCAAGUCAAAAGAGGGCGAGAUGAGACUUAUUCACAAGAGUUCGGCUGAACUUGGUAACAACAUUGAGACGUGGCAAGAGGAAAAAAUGGAGGGAGACUCCCAUUUACAACUCAUAAAACAACAAUACGAGAAAGUUGCAGAAGAACUGAGCGAGCAACAAACGCGGUUAUACGAACUAAAAGAAGUAGCUAGCGAAUUUAAGUAUGUUGAAACAAACAAAACAGUUGAAAUGAUAUUGCGGGAAAAAGCGAAGUGUGAAAAGAAGCAAGAAGAGAUUAAUAAGGAGCGAAUCGAUUAUGACGAAGUGGAGAGGGAUUUUGAGAAAAAAAGUGAGCAACUUGAACGAAUUAACAAACAACUUUGUGAAAUUCGAAGAACUUCGAAAGUGUUAGAAGCUGAGUUGGAGAAGAGAAAAACGAAGUACAAAUAUUUACUUCGACAAACAUCGACAAAAACGAUCCAGUUGUUUGAACAAUAUUUGAAGAAGAAGCCUGGGUGUAGUGGAAGAGUGCGACUUGACCAUACAAAAAAGGAAUUGGAUAUUGAAGUGUCUCUGAAUAGCCAGAAAGAGAGAGAUGCAAAGACCUUGUCAGGUGGAGAGAAAAGUUUCUCAACAGUCUGUCUAUUACUUUCGUUGUGGAAUGUUGUGGAUUGUCCGUUCAGAGCCAUGGACGAAUUCGAUGUGUAUAUGGAUUCGAUAUCAAGGAAAAUUGCAAUUGAGACUUUAAUGGAAACAGUCCAGAGUGCAGGAAGAAGACAGUACAUUUUUAUUACACCACAGAACCUUGACGGUGUCAAUUCAACGGACACCGUGAAAGUCUUUAUGAUCAGAAAGCCACAGAGAGAACACCUUACACAAGUUUAA